GUGAAAUAGGAGAGGGGAUUCCCCAAAUCCCACUUCCCAGUUUUAACUUGUUAACUUUCGUUGUUGUUCUGAUGGAAUGUCGUUUAUUUUAUAGGACAAUUUUAUUUUUAAUACCUUCAAGAUUAAACGGUGGUAGUUUUGUGCAAACAUCAUGCAGUCAAAUGUGACAAUAACGAAGCAGUAUGUGUUCAUGAUAGAAAGGAACAUUAUUCUCAAUGUGUUUGAUUGUGUGAACAAUGCAACCAAUGAGAGAGAAGUCUACUACAUUCAGAAGGGUGGCUGUGAAGGGACUAUUGGUUUCAAAAAGGGCCAAGCUAUGUACACACCUCCUAGCAAUUCAGCGGACACCAGCAGGAAUCUGACACAACCUUCACCAUACCAACCUAUUUUGUUGUCCACUCGGGAAGUGACAGAUGCAGAGCUGGAAAAACUUGCCGGAUUGCUUCAGACGGACUGGAGAAAACUCAUUAAUAAGUUGGGCGUCGAUGAAGACCACUGUGACAAGAUUUUACGUGCACACAUGCAGAAAAGCCUGAAGGAGAAAGUGAAGCUGUGUUUACAGUAUUGGAAGAGCAGUACGCAGAACGCUACGGUCGGGGUGUUGGCGCGGGGCUUAGAGGCAGCCCUGUUGAAACCUCUCAUCACUGCAGCUCUUAGAGAAUGACUGAACCUUUCUUCUAAUCUGUCCAUCUUCAGGACAUAGUCACGUCUUUAGCUCCUGUGAUUUGGUUACUAUAACAUAGCACAAACUAUUGGUGUAUGUAUGGUAUGUCUGUGUAGGAAGUGUGUGUGUGUGUGUGUGUGUUUAUGUGUGAUUAGUCAUAAGCAUAUCACAUAUAUACACCACACACCACACACAGCUGCACACAUGCACAAUAUAUACACAGAUACAUUCAUGCAUGCAUGGUGAUGUGUUACAAUGAAUCAGUGAUACUGAAAACUAGACUUCAGCAGCAGUGCUUCAAGAACUUCAUUAAUAAAUGAUAACACUUGUACAUUGAUGUGUUUUUACUUGUGUACAAAACUCGUUUGAUAUCUCUAUUAUGAAAUUAGUCACAACCAUGCAACUCCAUUACCAAACAGUUAGGGAGAUAUUGUAUGUAUUUUGUAUAUCACAUCAUAAUGUAAUCAUCUUUAUAUGUAUGUUCCCUUUCUCGAAAAUUGACAUUUUACUUCAGAUAGAAAGGUUCCUAUUUUCAUGUUUAAAUUUGUUUUCCUUUCUGUAUAGAACAGAAAUAAAGACAUACUGAAUACUA